AUUCGGGGUCUCUUCUGAUUCCAUACAAAUUUUUGGAUUAUUUGCUCCAGCUCUUUGAAAAUACCGGUGGAAUUUUGACUGGAAUGCAGCCACUUCUUUCUUAAUUAUCUCUUUGCAGGGCUCCAUUGUCCCAGAGAUUCCUGAGGUAUGCCACAUAAUCCAGUUUCUCAGGCCAUGCAGACACAGAACAUGGGUCAGAGAGUGGUAUUAAUGAGCAGUGUAAUUUCCAGGUAUGUUCUUAGAUCUCACAGCAGGUAUGUGGCCUGGUCACCAACAAUCCACCCAGAAAGGACACACAGGAAGCCCUGCAAUUUUACCUUUAACAACUUAACUCCACCAAUCUUUCUGGAUGCUCCUCCAAGCAUAUAGGGCUUGGCUGGGGACUAAGGACAUAAUGUUGACAAGUACUCAGACUGCACCCUUGAGAAGCUCUCUAUAUGUAAGGAAAAGAGGUGUGUAGACCAACUAUGGGACUGGAGGGUAGAAAGGAUGAUAAUAGAACUGGGACUGGAGGACAGAAAUUUCCCAGAGGAUGAAGUGUUUAUAUCUGUUCAAGGAUAUUGAGGAGGAAAGACUCUAACAUAGGGGAUUCUGUUGUAGCUCAUUUUGAAGGAUGAGUAAGGAUCCUUGUAGGGGGUAUAAGGGCAUUUCUAGGCAGAGAAAACUACAUCAGUAAAGAUAUGUAGAUCUACACUUUCUUGUUUGCAGAGUUUCAAGUAUUUAGAGGUGCAGGGAGCCAUGCUGACAAGGACAGGUUAGAGAUUUAAGGACAGUAAUUUUAAUGAGUUUCUGUAACUUUUGAGAUUACUGGAAACACUGAGUUGUUUAUUGAUUUCCCAAAGAAUAUGAACUCACAGAAGGUCAAACUUGGAGUGUCCAGGAUGCUUUGUCAGCACUCAUGGCUGGGGAGCACCUGUGGGUGUAACUCGUGUGGCCACGCUACUGGCUGUUGCUCCAGCCCUGCCCCCUUUUCAGUAUAUACAUCCCAGCCUCACUGAAUCACCGCUGGUGAGAGGGGAAGCUCCGCACCCACAAGCCAGCAAGGACUAACACACACUGCUGAACGGAAGCAGAGAGAAUUCACAGAGGAAAAGUGGCCAUGGACCUGAUCCCAAGCUUUUCCAUGGAAACCUGGCUUCUCCUGGCUAUCAGCCUGGUCCUCCUCUAUCUAAUGAGAAUCUCCCAGAUCAUGGAAGAGUCAUUUACUGAAUAAGCAUGAGUGAAUUUCCUGGAAGAAAUCAGCAUGAACCUUCCAGGAGUUCUCAAAUAUGGGACCUCCACACAUGGACUUUUUAAGAAGCUGGGAAUUCCUGGGCCCAAACCUCUGCCUUUUGUGGGAACUGCUCUGGCCUACUGUAAGGGUGUUUCUGUUUUUGACACGGAAUGUUUUAGAAAGUAUGGAAGAAUGUGGGGGAUUUAUGAUGGGCGACAACCUGUGUUGGCUAUCACGGAUCCAGACAUGAUCAAAACAGUACUAGUGAAAGAAUGUUACUCUGUCUUCACAAACCGGCGGGCUCUUGGUCCAGUGGGAUUUAUGAAAAGUGCAAUCUCUUUGUCUGAGGAUGAAGAAUGGAAGAGGAUGCGAACAUUGUUGUCCCCUACUUUCACUAGCGGAAAGCUCAAGGAGAUGUUCUCCAUCAUUGGCCAAUAUGGAGAUGUGCUCGUGAAGAAUGUGAGGAAGGAGGCUGAGAAAGGCAAGCCUAUCAACUUGAAAGACAUCUUUGGGGCCUACAGCAUGGAUGUGAUUACCAGCACAUCAUUUGGAGUGAACAUUGAUUCCCUCAACAACCCACAGGAUCCUUUUGUGGAAAAUACUAAGAAGCUCUUAAAAUUUGAUUUCCUUGAUCCAUUCUUCUUCUCAAUAAUACUGUUUCCAUUCCUUACCCCAGUUUUUGAAAUGUUAAAUAUCUGGCUAUUUCCAAAAAGAGUUACUGAUUUUUUCAAGAAAUCUAUAGAACGGAUGAAGGAAAGUCGCCUCAAAGAUAAACAAAAGCACCGAGUGGAUUUUCUUCAGCUGAUGAUUAACUCCCAGAAUUCCAAAGAAAUGGACACCCAUAAAGCUCUGUCUGAUCUGGAACUCGUGGCCCAAUCUAUUAUCUUUAUUUUUGCUGGCUAUGAGACCACUAGCACUUCUCUUUCCUUCCUUGUGUAUGAAUUGGCCACUCACCCUGAUGUCCAACAGAAACUGCAGGAGGAGAUUGAUGCGACUUUCCCCAAGAAGGCACCACCUACUUACGAUGGCCUUGUACAGAUGGAGUAUCUGGACAUGGUGUUGAAUGAAACUCUGAGAUUAUACCCAAUCGGUGGUAGACUUGAGAGGGUUUGUAAGAAAGAUGUGGAAAUCAGUGGUGUGUUUAUUCCCAAAGGGACAGUGGUGAUGGUGCCAGUCUUUACUCUUCACCGACACCAGGAUCUCUGGCCAGAGCCUGAGGAGUUCCGUCCUGAAAGGUUCAGCAAGAAGAAAAAGGACAGCAUAAAUCCUUAUACAUAUCUGCCUUUUGGAACUGGACCCCGAAACUGCAUUGGGAUGAGGUUUGCGAUCAUGAACAUGAAACUUGCCCUUGUCAGAGUCCUGCAGAACUUCUCCUUCAAACCUUGUAAAGAAACACAGAUCCCCAUGAAAUUAAAUGUUCAAGGGUUAAUUCAACCAGAAAAACCCAUUGUUCUCAAGGUUGAGCCAAGAGAUGGCAGUGUGAGUGGAGCCUGACUUUCCCUAUGGACCUCCCCUUUGUUCUUCAAGAAGCUGUAUCCCAGAUCACCAGAGACCUCAAUUUCCUUUGUGAGUAAAACCCAGAAAUGAAGAUGGCCUGCAUCUACAGCCUGUGACAGAUGACUAGGGCUUCCAUAGCUUCAUUUAGCCUUUUUGGUGUCUGUGUAGAGCAUUCUGUAUUGUGGAGAGGGAAGGAGGUGACCAGUAAGUGCCAGAGAUGUCGACUCAGCCUGUCUGGUUCACACAGACUACUCCCAGUUAGUACCAUCUGUUAUGAUCAAGAAUAAAACUUUCUCAAUAAUUUUAUCAGCCUACUUUAAUGAAAAUAAGACUUAUUGUCAUGACUAUGGUAGUAAUAUUUCUAUCACAUGUCUUCUUUUGAUCAAGAAUGAAAGUGAUCAAGAAUAAAACUUUCUCAAUAAUUU